CCAUAGAAAUUGAAAGUUUACGGACCCGAUAGUCGAGUAAAAAACACACAAAUUAAAUCGCUAAAUUAAUCUAAAAUUGCACGUUUUGUGACCUGCUGGUGUAAAUAAUUAAAAACGAAUCUACCUGAAGUGAAGGACUGCCGUGAUUUCAUUCCAAAAGUCGAAUAAAAUUUCAAUUUUCCACAGCAACUAAAAACUGUACAAAUUCUGUCUUCAAUGUUUACAUGUCUUUGGUGGUGACAUUUCGAUAGAAAAAGUCAUCGUAGUGUUUUGAAGUCGAUUCGGUGUGUGUGAAAUUUGUUGAAAUUUUUAAAGUCUAAAUCAUGUUGGAAGGAACGCUAAGCAAAUGGACAAAUGUGAUGAAAGGCUGGCAAUAUCGUUGGUUUGUUCUGGAUGAAAAUGCGGGGCUCUUAUCCUACUACACAUCGAAAGAAAAAAUGAUGAAAGGGGUUCGCAGAGGCUGUGUUCGUCUCAAAGGUGCAGUUAUCGGCAUAGACGAUCAAGAUGUGAACACGUUCACAAUUACAGUAGACCACAAAACCUUUCACUUCCAGGCUCGUGACUCUGACGAACGAGAGAAAUGGGUUCGACGAUUAGAAGACACCAUUCUUCGUCAUGCUCAUCGUGUACGCGGACUGUACUAUAACAAUGGUACCAGUGUUUCGGAUACAUCAGGCGGUGCAGCUAGACGUCCAAAUUAUUUACAAACUCUGGAUAAACGGGUUAGUGAAGCAGACGCAUAUCUUCAGCUGAUGAUAGAACAAACGAAUAAAUUAGAAGAGAAAUUAUCGAAAUUGUCCGAUAAAGAGGAGCAGGAGAAAAACCGAGUCAUACAGGAAAAUGCCAAUGCAAUGUUAGAUAGUAUAAAGCACUCCAUAGUUUUGUUACAAAUAGCGAAAAAUACAGCUCAUCCAAUCAAUGGAAUUUAUCAAGGUCCCAGUACAAGUAAUAAAAUCGAUGCGGAGGAGUCAACAGAAAUAUUGCCACCUGUUGGAAUACCAUUGCCACACACAGGCGUUGCGUAUGGUUCUGAGUGCAUAGAAAGUAAACGUUCACUCGUAAUACAACGUGAAGCAGUCCACUUACUGUUACUAGAUGACAGCGCUCCUGUGAUGACAUCGUUCGUCCCAGAAACUUCGUAUUCCAGUUCGGAGGGUGAAGAUGACUUCUACGAUGCAUACGAUGACCCAUUUUCGAGUCACGGAAAUUCACCGACUUGCAAUACUCGAACGUUUCCUGAUGCAUCGUCUCGUAAUCAGGCUGUUGCAGAUGCAACGCCCGCCGGCAAAAAAGAUGAAGUUGAAGCUCCCGCUGUACAACCGAAAGAGAAAAAAGAUACAUUUUUACCAUAUCGAAACGAUGGUAGCCUAGACUAUGACGCUUUGUACGAAGAUGAAUCCGAAUCGGAUUUGUCAAUGGAAUCGCAUGGCUCUGUGGUAACACAUUUACUGUCACAAGUAAAAAUUGGCAUGGAUUUGACGAAAGUUGUGCUGCCCACAUUCAUAUUGGAACGGCGGUCGCUCUUAGAAAUGUAUGCUGACUAUUUUGCUCAUCCGGAUUUGUUUUUGAAAAUUGCUGAUUUAAAAGACCCCCGUGAUCGAAUGGUUCAAGUAGCGCGUUGGUAUCUUAGUGCUUAUCAUGCCGGACGAAAAAGUGCUGUAGCUAAGAAACCCUACAAUCCAAUAUUGGGCGAAGUAUUUCAAUGUUACUGGGACAUUCCAACGGAAAAAGCCGACAGUCAUUGUGUUGAAGAUGGACCGAUACCAUGGUGCAGAAGAGAUCAGUUAACAUUUAUCGCUGAGCAGGUUUCUCAUCAUCCACCCAUUUCCGCUUUUUAUGCUGAACACUACAACAAGAGGAUCAGUUUUUCGGCAUACGUUUGGACAAAGUCAAAAUUUCUGGGACUGUCGAUUGGUGUCCAUAAUAUUGGUCAUGGAGUCGUGACUGUAUCUGAUUACAACGAAGAAUACGUUUUAACUUUUCCGAAUGGUUAUGGAAGAUCGAUAUUAACAGUACCUUGGAUUGAACUUGGCGGAACUGUGACCAUAACAUGUGCCAAAACCGGAUAUCAUGCGGACAUAGAUUUCUUAACGAAACCAUUUUACGGCGGUAAACGAAACAAAAUUACAGCCGAAAUCUAUGCGCCGAACGAGAAAAAGUCUUUUCUAUCGGUCAGUGGUGAGUGGAGCGGCCUAAUGGAAUCCAAACACAAUUUAAAUGAUGGAAACAAACAAAAGCCCGAGGUAUUCGUUGACGUAAAUUGCAUUCCAAUUUUCAAAAAGAAUGUGAGACCAAUUGUGGAACAAACGGAAAAUGAAUCCAGGAAAAUUUGGAUGGAAGUCACUGCCGGUUUAAGACUUAAUGACAUUGAACGUGCUACGAAUGCAAAAUCGCAGGUGGAACAGAAACAACGAGAUGAAGCUAAAUUACGUAAGGAGACCAAUGAGGAAUGGGACACAAAGUAUUUCAAAUCCGUUGCCGAUUCGUGGAUCUAUACAAAGCCACUGACACAGAGACUACAUAUGGAACAGAAAAGCGACAAAAGAUAAUAAAACCACAAGUGAAUCGAAUAACAAAACCAACAAAACAACAAACAAAAAUAAUAAUUAAUUUUUCAACAAUGAAACCUAUUAUUACGAAUUAAUAAGCAACAAGCAGCCAUUAAAAGCGCGGUUAAAUGAAAAUUAUCUAAAAACAAAUUUAUAACAAGAAAGAAAACAAAACAAGAAAAAUCUAGCUUAGACACACACCAAUCAAUCAUUACAUUUGCAAUCAUUAUGAAUAUCAAAUCUUUUGCUAAUUUGAAGAAAAAAUGAAAACAAAUUAUGGGCACACACCAAAUGUAUUAACGACAAACUAUUUUAACCUCUUCCAAUUGUUAGUAAAGCAGAGUUAAUUGAAAUUUAAAAAUUUAGCCAUUCAAUGCCGAGUGACGACGACGGUGGUAAAUCGUUGGCGCACACAGAGGUCUAUAAAAAUGAUAGAAAUGUUAAGAUCGUAGGGUUGUAGGUUUUAGACUAGCGAGAUAUUCAGCACAAUAAUCAUUUCCAUUUGGUUGUUAUCUUUUCACAUUGCAAUGCCUGUUGUGAGGCUCAUCUUAUAUGGUCCAAUGAAACUGAUUGAAGAAAAAAAAAAAUCAGAAUUCUGAAGACUUAACGAUAAACUGGUUUUAGGGUGAACGGGAUUAGAGUGCAAAGCAUGGGCUUACUAACGGUCGGUAUAUUUUUCGUGGCAAUUUUAUUUUGUCUGGUCAAGGGUUGUUUCGCUUUAGUUACCAGCUCUAGAAGAAAUUUCGGAGUUCAAUAGCCGAGUGGGUCAGUUUACAAAGAAAAAUAUCCAAAACAAUGGUUUCCCGAACAUAUUCAAAAUAUCAUUUUUUACUGCCCGAUGUUAUUAUACCAAUAGUUAUUUACACGAUAAGGGGAAAGUGAUUUUUUUUUUCGAUGAGUAUCCAGUUGCAACCCGAGCCGACGGCGAAACACUUUCCUCGAAUUAUGUACAAAACUUUUCAUGCCGAGGCUGGCGAAAGUUGAUUUAUAUUUUUUAGCGGACGAAAGUAGAGCUAUUUUCGCUCCAAGGCAUGAAAAAUCGUUCUCUACGGACAAUCAAUAUGCUCUGAUCAUUUGAAAUUAAAACGUUAACAUCAUGACAUAUCAUUUUCAGUCACGUUAUGCCAUUACGGUAAUGGAAUCCUUUCUCCUUAGCAUUUAUCAACAAAAAAUAAAAUUAGUUUCAAAGUAACUCGGCCAAUUUGCAGAAAUAAAUAUCGUUAAAAUCAGAAUAUCUAUUAGACCUUGUUGUUGUUAAAGUGGGGGUAGGAUGAUACGAGUUUUGUAUACGUUCGUUUAGUGCAACCAAUAUUUUUAUUGUUUUUUAUUUUUGGAAAUUUUAUGAUGUAACUGGUGUUCAAUAAUGGUGGAAGUGUGAGCCGUGUGGCCAAUGGAUUUGGGUUGUAAACAUUUCCACUGACAUUAAACUUAUGUAAAGUCGUUGAGUGUAACCGAGUUAUAAAUGGUUUUUAAGGCACUAGAUGUGUAGACUGUCACUCAGGGCCUGAGUCCGAGUGUGACAAUACACAACGUGUGACUAAAAAAGCAUUCAUUACCGAGUUACAUACAACGUUUUUCUCAAAAAAGCCAACGAAAUUUAAAACGUUUCGUCACUGAGUUGAGAAAAGAUUCUUUUUUUAACAUCGUCCACUUCUUUCAUUCCCACAUGCUCUAACUCUACAAUUUUUACGCUUGAAAUUAAAUUAAU